AUGGCCUACGCAAAAAUCGGUUACCGUGGUAGUUAUCUGGUGCACUGCGGCGUAUUGGAGCUCCCGUAUGGAUCCGAUCAUAACGCGAGAUUGCUUUCAUCGUCGUUCCCAACCAAUCGCGACGGUAAUCGCCGAUCCAACGUCGGAACGAUCUCGGCUUCGAUGGUGGAGGCCGUGACGGAGAUAGAGAAGCAGAAAGGAAGGAGAAACAGAGGAGGUGGAGAUCGUAGAGCGGUGGAGGCGGCGCGUGAGAAGGUAGACAGGUGGAUGAAGGUAUCGGUGACGGAGAUCGUGAAGAAUUUAAGCGAAGCGCCGUUGUUAGUCCAUCUUCACGCCGGAGAUAAGGAGGACGGCACGGUGGUGGUGAUGAAAGCGGAGGAAUGGGCGGCGGUGAAGGGGAGAUGGGAGAAAGGAGAGGCGGAGAUGCCGGAGGGGAUUAUAUUCGUGGAGCAGUUAGGAGAGAAGUCGGAGGAGAGCUGUGGUUGUGGCUUUGACGGUGGCGACGGCACACGUGCGUGGGGGUUGGUGGUGCAGGGGAAAGGAGUGGAGUGUGGACCGGUUUGCUAUCUGCUGAAGACGACACGGGUUGGGUCAGGAUCCGGGUCGGGUCUGGGUAUGCGUUGUACCCAUUUCUGCUUAGCUAAGGUGUCGAGUUUUAGGGAGACAACUGAAUCUCAACUUAGAAAUUGUUGGCUUGUGGGAAAUUAA